AGUAGGACUUGCGACCGCGCCAAAUUGCCUCAGGGUACUUAAAGGCCUUGUUCUUCUCCCAAGAUUCUACAGGGAUCUACCGUUUCCAGCUACACAACUAUGUUGCCCAUCACACUCGGCCUGAUCAGUCUUCUGCCAUUCGUAUUUGCGGAAUUGCGCAAUUUCGACCUUAACAUUGUGAGCACCCCAUUGGCUCCUGAUGGCUUUGAACGGCACGUGAUUGCCCCCAAUGGAACCUAUCCUGGCCCGACAUUCAUGGUCAAUAAAGGUGAUAGUGUCGACAUCGCCAUGCACAAUCAAUUAGUCGACCCCACUAUGAGGCGUAGUACUUCAAUUCAUUGGCACGGGUUCUUCCAAGCAAGAACCUCUUAUGCUGAUGGGCCUUCAUUUGUGAACCAGUGUCCCAUCCCCCCGAACACUACUUUUCACUACGCUUUCGACACAGCUGGCCAGACUGGAAAUUACUGGUACCAUUCCCAUCUUUCUACGCAAUAUUGUGAUGGAUUGCGUGGAGCCUUUGCGGUUUACGAUCCUGAGGAUCCCUUGGGUGACCUUUACGAUGUUGACGAUGAAACCACCAUCAUCACCCUCUCUGAUUGGUAUCAUAUUGUCGCCCCCGAUGCCCAAGCUGAUUUCUUCCAAAGCGGUACUGUCCCGAUUCCUGACUCCGGUCUUAUCAACGGUGUUGGCCGUUACGUCGGCGGUCCCGAGGUUCCUUACGCUGUGAUUAACGUUGAACAGGGCAAACGUUACCGUUUCCGUGUCUUCGCUCUUUCUUGCCGUCCAUUCUUCACUUGGAGUAUCGACAACCAUAAUCUGACUGUCAUGGAACUCGAUGGUGUUGAGCACGACCCCGUCACUGUCCAAAAUGUCGACAUCUACGCUGCUCAACGUAUUUCUGCUGUUGUUGAGGCCAACCAGCCCGUUGAUAACUACUGGAUGCGUGCCCCACCUACCGGCGGAGCAGCUGGCGCUGCUGGAAACCCCAAUUUGAACCCGAACUUGACUCUCGCCAUCGUUCGUUAUGCUGGUGCACCUGAUGCAGAGCCUACCUCCAACAACACUGGUAUCCUUGGUACCAAGCUCGAUGAUGCCAACAUGCAUCCCAUCGCCUCUGAGAAUCCCGGAAAGCUCGGAAGUGCUCCCCCAGACAUAUUCUUUGAACUCAACAUUGCUCAACCCAACCCUCCAUUCUUCGAUAUCAACAACAUUUCUUACAUCUCACCAACCCUCCCUGUCUUAUUGCAAAUCUUGAGUGGAGCAGCUCAACCCACAGACUUCUUGCCUUCGGAUCAAGUUCUCCUCAUUACUCCCAACGCCACUAUCGAAGUCUCUAUUCCCGGAACUGGAGCUCACCCCUUCCACUUGCACGGUCACAACUUUGAUGUCAUUCGUCAACCGAAUUCCAACGUCACCAACUUCGUGAAUCCGCCUAGGAGAGAUGUCACCCCAAUCAACGGUGGAAACACUACUUUCAGGUUCAAGGCCGACAACCCCGGAGCCUGGUUCUUGCAUUGCCACAUCGACUGGCAUUUGGAGGCCGGUCUCGCCGUUGUUUUCGCGGAAUCGCCUGCUCUUAAUCUCGAAGGCAGUCCAUUCUCUCAGACAACUCCUCAAGACUGGAACGAUCUCUGCCCCGAUUAUAACGCUCUGGCACCCGAAUUGCAGUAGGCUGUUUUAUGUUGCGAUUGCUUUGUCGUGGGAUCGAUUACAGGAGGUUUAGGCAAACUCCAGUUGCAUGGUGACAAGUAGCUGGUU